UUUGGAAGAAUGCUUUAAACUUCAGCCUCGAAAUAAAUUGUAUCUUAUACAGCUUUCUGCAGUGCUUGGUGUAUCUUUGUAAUCCACCAAGAAUUUCCAGAAGUUGCUAAUAGACUAUAGGUUCUGUAAACAUGCAAGGUUUAAUUCAUUAUUUAUAUCAAAGGAAUUUUAUUAUGAUUCUUAUUAUUUACAGAGUUUUUGUAUUGGUACUGUUAUUAUUGAGGGUCCUGGGAAGGAGGGUCCUAGUACAUUGCAAUCUCCUAAUUGUGCCGUGGAAGGCAUAUAAAGCACAACAGUCACUCAAAUAGACAAUCACUUCAUAUAUCAAUCCUAAUUUCCUGCUGAACAAAGAAGGGGUCGAUUCACACUUUAGGCUGGGAAAUGAAUUCAAAACAUUUCGCGAACACUUUACCUCAAGGUCACCAGUUAGUAUAUGUCUACAAAGUAACAACUUGCUACAAUAAUAACAAUAAUAAUAAAAUAUUCAUGCAUUCAGCUUAUAACGUUACCGUAUAUUUAUAAUAUAUUUUAUAAACACUUUGACGAAUACAUAUUUUAUAGUUUGUGCAAAAAAAAAGGGAAGUGCAUUACUUGAUGGAUAAUUAUUGGGAGUGUUCUGUGUGUACUGUACACAAUAAAAGUAAGUUCUUCAAAUGUGAAGUUUGCAACACAAGAAAGGGAACAUCUACAAGAAAGCCACAUGUGGAUGCAAAUUUUGUUGACCAGUCAAUUGCAUUAUCUUCGUGUUCACCUAUUUCACCCCUACCACCACAGUCUAAUUUUCGAGGAAGUAAUUUCAGCAAAACCAGCACAAUGAGGCAAGGGUUGCAAAAAUAUAUGUGUUCUGUUGUAUCAUCAACAACAUUUGAUGAAAGUCCUUUGUCUUAUAAAGGUACAGAAGUUGAUUUUCAGAAGCCUAAAACAGAAAUCAAGGCAAAAGCAAAAGGCUCAUUUGAACCCACUAACACACAAUCGCCUUAUCAUUGCACAAAACUGUCGUUACCUUCAGACGAAAAGAUGACGCGUAGACCUCUCUAUAGACAUGGUGGUGUUCUAUGCACGAGUUUAAAAACAUCAACUUCAAUGUCAGAUAAGGCGAAACAAUUCGAUGAGACAGAUGGAUCUAAAGCUACUGAAAGCUCUUUCCCAUGGUGUGGUUUGUCGCUUGUUGUGGCAGUGUUGAUUCUCCUUUUUUUUCUUAUUUAUUAUCACAUAAAGCGAAACAAAGUUAACAUAUUUUAAGAAGCAAGUAAACUUUAAACUUUUAAAAAAUUAGGAUAACAAACAAACAUUUUUAAAGAUUUUUAUAUAGCUUUUAGGAGUUAGAUGUUGUAAACUUGAAACAUUUAACGCUUUUAUAUCUACUGGUUAUAUAGAUUAUUUUUUUAUGUCUGUUAAUUUCAUGUAAAUAGGGCGGUACGUAUAUACCCUACAAUUUUGAAGUGUGUCUUUUUCCCUUAUCAGUACACACAUAUUUACACAUCUGCAUUAAAGUUGUUGUUUUUUUAAUUAUAUUUUAUAUUUUAUUUUGCAUGUUUUGGAGUUUAUUUUCCUUUAUUUUCUUGUAUCAGAAAAGAUUUUGUUACUAUUGUAUCAGUUUGUUUUUUCCUCUUUAUUUUUUUUUAGAAACACUACACUCAAUCAAUUAUUUAGACAAAUCAUGUGUUCUGUGGAUAUAUACUUAUUUUAAACACAUCAACAGGGCAACAAGUUGUAAUAGUAACAAAACGCGCAUACGCUUAAAUUCUAAGAGCCUCUACUUUUUACACUUUUUAUAUGCUAUGCUACUGUAAAUAUGAGGUCUUAACUCCACUAAUGCUAAAUUCCACG